CCGCUUUUUCACUUCCACGCUUCAUAUAUACUUCAUAGAAAGUCUGCAUUUUUGCCCUACUUCCCAAACUUAACGUUUGCUACACCUAGGGUGCUUUUUGAGUCGUCUGCCAAAAUUUAUUCAGGAUCUUCCUGAAGUAUACCUCCAAUGCGGAACACUCCAACCGAGGGCGACCGGCGCGCUAGUGAAGGCCAGGGAGAUCAUGCCCUACAAAAUGCGAACCAGGACGGCCGACAAAGUGCUCCUCGCAGUCGAAGCAAAGAUACAGACCCCAAGCUACCGAAGCAAUCAACCUUCUCCGAGGACCAGACUGCGACAGAUAGUGUCGAGAAAGGGCGGCUCUCUACGGCGUAUCAGGGCAGUCAUCAAGAUGGUAAGGUUACAUCUGCAUCAGGAAGAGCGGCAGGAACCCAAGAGAAUUCUUUAGCAGAGUAUCAGAGGCAGGUUAUGUUGUUGGAGCAGCGGAACAAACAGGUGUUGUCGUGGGCAAGGCAAGACUAUCAGAUGCAACUCAUGUUGCUGGAGCAGCAGAACAAAAAGCGAGAGUUGAUUCCAAGACAAGAGAUGGACCCCCAGUCUGCUGUACAAAACUCGGCUUCGGAAUCCAACAGCAAUCUUGGCCGUAGAGACCCAAUCUCACGUACCGACCACCCCACACCGCUGUCGCAUACUCCACCACAGGCCAGUAAACGCAAAAGAACCGAAUCAGAACCUGAGUUACACGAACGAAGUCCCACCUCAGGGGCGCCUAGCCCCCAACGCAUGUACAGAAGUAGCAAUGCACAAGCUCGUCGGAGCGAUUCAGGCCCAUCUAAAAGCCCGGAAUGCGCGCCACCAGCUGCCACGAAUGGCCGAAUCUACCGGUGUCAAAUGAAGGAUGGUCAAAGAGAAGUCGAGAUGAAAUUCAUAUUUCCUCAGCAUACAGAGGAGUCGUUUAAGAAACAGGCUCGGGAUCAAAGAUCUGUAGUGAUACCGACGCACCGGGUUGUCCCGCCGGGUGCCUUCCUGUUCAAACACAUAUCAGAUCUAGGUGGGGGCCACGAUGGUGCGGUGGACGAGGUUGAACCCGCGGACGAGCAGCAUUAUUUUCCUGGCAGAGUGUAUGCGCGCAAGGUGCUCACUUUGGGAAGUCGUCAACAUGGAGCCAUUAUGACCAACGAACUCGUACGGCUCGAAUCAGCAAGGGCCCUUAGUCAUCCACAUCUUCCUAUAAUUGUGAUGACAUACGAGGAGGAGGUCGGAUUCCAUGUACUUCGUUAUGGAAUUCUCAUGAACCCUCUUCCAAAAUAUACCCUUUCGUCCUUCCUCAAGAAUGCUACGAACACCGAUCGCUUCAGGGAACAGCUGCUGAAGGACGUGAAAAAAUGGAUUGGCUGCCUAGCAAGCGCGUUGAGUUACGUGCAUGCGAAAGAUGUCGUUCAUGGAGGGAUCAACCCUUCAGCUCUCCUGUUAAAAAAAGGCGAGAUCUUCUUCACAGAGUUCGCGAUCUCAAACCAUUUCAAAGGGACCCACAUGCUUACGAAGGGCGAUCCCGACCCAAACAUCGGGGAGGACAUCUAUAGGGCGCCUGAAGUCGAGAUGCAGCAGCCGUUUGGCCCGAAAGCGGACGUCUUCUCUUUGGGAUGCGUUUACAUCGAGAUGAUGGCCACUGCGAGUGGUCCGCCCUUGGGGGAGCGUCCGCCGCCCCACAGUCGCCAGCUUUCGCAGAGGCAAGCAUUGCUAGCAGACCUUGACGCCCACGGCCGUCUACCAUCACCUUUUCUCCGGGAAUUCAUUAAGUGUUGUCGGAGUAUGAUACUAUAUGAUCCCGACGCACGCCCAUCUGCGUUUCAAGCCACGAGGUCUAUAUUUGAGCUACAUGAAAAACACUCAGGAGGUGGUCUGCGAGUAGAGCGUGAAUGUGAAUGUCUCGACCCUUGGCGAGGCAACGGGGAAGAUUGUAAACUCCUAAUAGCUCUUCCGAUGAAUGAAACGGACAGGGCCUCGAUAACUCCAGGGAGGUACCAGAUUCCAAUCACGAGUGUCGCCGAGGGCAAUACUUGCCAACAUUGCUCACAAUCUUGUGAGAGCUUCUACGAUCUGUGGCUCCACAUCAUGUUGAAGCACCCUGAAACAACACAUCGAGACGACAAUUUAACUUGCCGAUAUGGCGAGUGCACACAGAGACCUCCAUUUCAGAGCAUGGAGCAGUUUGAUGACCAUUUGUUCCGUUUUCACAAGGAGGGGUUUGCUCGGAGUGAAUAAACCUGCAACCUUAACUGCUGUGGUCGCAGGCGCGUGCAACCUUUAGGAUAGAGAAAAAAUGCGGGCCGUUUUUCCCACAGGAUAGACAAAAUUCAAAUCGGAACUGUUAGGCUUCCUAC